GCCCUCGAAAUUGUGGCCGGCAUGGACAUCCGCAACAACCUCCCCAGGCUGCACAGUCUGGAGAACUGUUCCAUCAUCGAGGGGCACCUGCAGAUACUCUUGAUGUUCAAGACGAAGCCGGAGGACUUCCGAGACCUCAGUUUCCCCAAACUCGUCACGAUCACCGACUACUUGCUGCUCUUUCGGGUCUACGGGCUCGAGAGCCUGAGGGACCUGUUCCCCAACCUCACGGUCAUCCGCGGCUCCCACCUCUUCUUCAGCUACGCGCUGGUCAUCUUUGAGAUGGUUCACCUGAAGGAGCUGGGGCUGUACAGCCUCGUGAACAUCACGCGCGGCUCCGUGCGCAUCGAGAAGAGCAAGGAGCUCUGCUACUUGGCCACCAUCGACUGGUCCCGCGUCCUGGAUUCCGUGGAGGACAAUUACAUCGUGCUGAACAAAGAUGACAACGAGGAAUGUGGGGACAUCUGCCCGGGCACCACGAAGGGCAAGACCAGCUGUCCCGCGACGGUCCUCCACGGGCAGUUCAUCGAGCGCUGCUGGAUGCACAGACACUGUCAGAAAGAUGGAGCGGCAACGCCUGGCUCGAGAGAAGCAGAUGCGGGAGGAGGCCGAGCCCACGAGAGACGAGUUGGAGAGGAGGCUGCUGCAGAUGAAAGAAGAAGCAACGAUGGCCAACGAAGCGCUGGGUUAUAACUGUUGUGUAUCUCAAACACAUACUGAAAAAGAAAGAAAAAAAAA